CAUGUCUUCUUCAACUUCCGGUUCUAGAAAACUUGCACAUGUGAAGGCUGAAAGGGAAAAGCAUCAACAGCCAUGGCAGGGGGGUCAGGGCAGAGGGGUAAUUUGUCUAAGAAUGUCUUGCAAAUGAAGUUUAUGCAAAGAAGUGCAUUAAGAAUUGAAAAAGAGAAGCAUGAAGAAGAACAGAAGAGAGUAAUUGAUGAUGAACAUUGGGUUCUUGACCUUCCAGAAACUAAACAGAAAGAGAGCAAGUUUAUUGCAGAACCAAGUAUCAUGAGAAUUGAAAACCUGAAAUUUGGCAGAUUUUCAUUCAAUGGUUGCAACCCUGAAAUUGAGAAAAUGAUGAAGGCAGCUGCAACAGAGAGGGAACUUGCACGUUCAGAGGCUGUAGAAAAAGAACUGAGGGUUGAUGAUGAAGAAAUGGCCGGAAGAUAUAAGACAUUAUUUGGAACAAUUGCAAAGAAAUUUGCAAAGAAACGACAAAGAUCUGCUUUAACAGAAAAAGAGGAGGCAACAACCACAGAGGUCAAACAAAGGGUCAGAGAAUUCCUUAAACCAAAAGAUGAUUGAAGCUGUUAAGUCUUAGUGUAGCUCAAAAGUUCAAUACUAACAGAACACAUGAUUUACUAAGAUAGUUAUUAAACAUGAAAUUGUUUCCAUAUUUGAAGAGUACAAUGGUUCUCAGUUUAUUUAACACUUAGUAAGCUGAAGAGAAAAGACUAUGUGUAAUUGUUAUAUUUUUUAUAAUGUUUUACACUUUUAUUAUUGUAAAAGGGUUGAAAAGCUGUUAUGAUUAUAAUAAAAGAAAAUACCCUGGUAUAUAUUAUAAUGAUGGUUCAGACAAAUUUAAGAAAGCUGUAGAUCAGGUAAACUUGAGUAUUUAUGAAAGCAAAACUUCUUUAUAAAUUGUUUUUACAGUCUGGAUAAAACUAUUAAGGAUAUUGAUCCAGUAAGAUAAUUGACAAUAAUUAAUUUGUUGUCACACAUUGAAAUAGGGAGAAACAAAUUGUCAGUAUUUUUUGUUGUUGUCCUUUUUGCUCCAAAAGAUGUGUGAUUCUUUGAAUCUUGACCUGUCCACACUAAAUGGGAUAUUUAGAAAAUGAUCUUAGUGCCUUCAAGGUCUCAAGAUGUAUACCUGGAAUCUUCCUUUUAAUUCUUUUAAAUCACAUUACUUUACCAUUGGAAAUAAUUUUUAAUAGGUGUUUAUAUUAAAUGAAUUUCUAUUGUUAGAUUGAACACAUUUUGAACAUAUAUUUAUUGCAAGAUAUAUUUUAUGGCAAUUGUGUUUGAACAUAUAUUUUAAUAGAUAUUUAUAAUAGCUAUAACAAAUAUUUAAGAAUCCUCUUUUUAUUUACAAUAUUUAUGGAAAGAUCUUCUUAUUUUUUUUACAAGUAAGUAUUGAUUAAAUGGACAUUAAUUCUACAUAUGUGGUUUGUGUGUACAUUCAGUUAAAUUAAACUUCACAUUUAUUUUGUUACAGAUGUACAGAAUUUGAAAAUUUUGUAAUUUUAAAAAACUGCAUGCUUCUGGGUUCAUAUUUUACCAUGUUCAACUGAUUAGGUAUUGUUUAUAACAAGACUUUUGUGCAGAUAUAUUAUGAUAUUGUAAUGAAGUUGCAUAACUUGCUUGUUGAAUAAAUUAUUUAUGUUGAAA